AUGGAAAUAUUGGAUCGAGAUUGGAUGGACUUUUAUGUUUGGACUACAAAAGGAAGCAGUUUGUUUAGGUUGUAUCGUGACGAAGAAUAUUGGGAACUCUUGAAGAUUGCACUUUCUGACUUUUGGUGGAAGCACGUCCAGCCAGCAAAGGAGUUGUACAAGAGAUCGGAGAUCAAAAAUCCCCUUGUCAAACUACGCUCCUAUAAGUCAGAACCUCAGCAUGAAUUGUUCCGGUCUAUCAUCUAUGAAAGCAGGCGUGUGCUUGAUAAUUCUGUGUUGCUUAUGUGUGAAGUUGAUGGAAAAUUGCAAAACUGA